ACUACACAUCUAUUAAUUACAAUCGUAAAAUGACAAAGAUAACUUAUGAUAAUUUCAUAAUUUAUGAAGAAAAAAAAAUUACAUACACUCUAUAAAGUAGUAUAAUCCCUUCUUGAUACAUAUAGAAGCACAAAUUUUAUAACUGAUGAACCGUGUCUAAAUAAACAUAGUUUCAUAACUUAAAGUCGUAUAUAACCAAGAUUUAUGCCCGUAAGCACAACAAGUAGGUAAGUUAGAGCUCAAAUAGUGUAACACACUCACACACAUUUGUACUAACCUAUGAGGGAUGUGACCACACUUAAGUGAUUUAACUACUUAAGGCUAACAUAAGAUUUGGUUUGAAGAUCUCUUUACCUCUUUAGCUUCCCAAUAACAAAAAAUGGAGCUUGAGUCACACAUUCUUAAAAUGAAAGUGGAAUAUACUUAUAACAAGGCAAAAGAAAGAAAAAAAAAUGUUUAUUUGAAAAUCCAAGGCAUAAUAAAAAAAAUUAUAAAUACAUAGUAUAAAUAUGUAUUUAUACCUCUUCACUCUCUCCUCAAAUCUUCCCAAGAAAAAAACUUCAAUUUCCCUCUCACUCUCACUCUAAAAAUCUAGUGAGAGAAAAUCACAAACAAAAACACACAAAAAGCCCAAAUCUUUCACCUUAAUCUUCACGCCUUACUCUGUUAUUUCCCCCAAAAACAGAGCAUUUUAAUUGAAAAUUAAGGGUGAUUAAAAAACAGAGCAACCCAAUUCACACAAAAAUGAAUUGUAAAAGUGAAGAAGAUGAAACUACAAAAUUAGCAACAAAAAUGGUGGAAUUUCAUGGUCCUAUAAUAGUCGGAGCAGGGCCUUCAGGCUUAGCUGUCGCGGCGUGUUUACGAAAACAGGGGAUUCCUUCAUUAAUCCUUGAAAGAUCAGAUUGCAUUGCUUCAUUAUGGCAGCAAAAAACAUAUGAUCGUCUCAAACUUCAUUUACCAAGAAAAUUUUGUGAGCUUCCAUUAAUGGGGUUUCCCAAAGAUUACCCAAAAUACCCUUCAAAAAAACAGUUUAUUUCAUACAUGGAAGCAUAUGCUGCAUUCUUCAAAAUCUCCCCUGUUUUCAAUCAAGAAGUUGAGAGUGCCGGUUUCGAUACAGAUACUAGGGUAUGGCGAUUGAAGAUUAAAGAUAUCGAGUACAUUUCGAAAUGGGUGAUUAUUGCAACUGGUGAAAAUGCAGAGCCUUUGAUACCUGAAAUUCAAGGAAUUGAGAAAUUUCAGGGGAAAUUUUUGCAUACUAGUUUGUAUAAAUCUGGAAUUGAGUUUAAAAAUCAAAGGGUUUUGGUAAUUGGGUGUGGAAAUUCUGGUAUGGAAGUUAGUAUGGACCUUUGUAGAUACAAUGCUAUGCCUUUCAUGGUGGUUAGAAACUCUGUGCAUGUUUUGCCAAGGGAAAUGUUUGGCUUCUCAACAUUUGGUGUUGCAAUGGCUUUACUAAAGUGGCUACCUUUGAGAUUAGUAGACAAGUUUCUAUUAUUAGUGGCGAAUCUUACCUUAGGUAACACGGACCGGUUAGGCCUACGACGGCCAAAAACCGGUCCGAUUGAGCUUAAGAAUGCCACCGGGAAGACCCCGGUGCUUGACGUGGGUGCACUUUCGUUAAUCAAAUCAGGAAAUAUUGAGGUGAUGGAAGGAGUGAAAGAGAUUACAAAGAAUGGGGCCAAAUUUAUAGAUGGUCAAGAGAGAGAAUUUGAUUCCAUAAUCUUGGCAACUGGAUAUAAGAGCAAUGUGCCCUUUUGGCUCAAGGAUUGUGAGUUUUUUAGUGAUGAUGGGAUGCCAAAAGUGGCAUUUCCAAAUGGAUGGAAAGGAGGGAAAGGAUUGUAUACGGUUGGAUUCACGAGAAGGGGUUUGUUGGGGACUGCAUCGGACGCUGUUAAAGUUGCUCAAGAUAUUGCUCAUCAAUGGAAUCAACGGUCAUGAUUUAUUGUUCAGUAAAUAAAUUUUCAACAAGGCUAGUACUAGUUGUAGGAAAUGAGCGAGGGUUUUGAGAAAAGUAUAACAAAAAAAAAAAGAAAAAAUAAUUUGAGGAAAUAAAGUGUUUAAAUUUUGAGUGGUAUAAUUUGGCUUUUUAUUUUUUUAUUUUUUUUUGGGAGUUAGUCAAUUUUAAUUGGUGUCUUGUAAAUUCAUCCAAUUUUGCAAAGGCUGAUGUACAUCUUUGGAUUAGUGUAGGUUUUUAGUUUGUUUUGCUUAGCAAUGUAAUAUAAGAUUUUCACAGAAAUUGCAUAUUUUUCUUUUAAUUACUUCUUGCACAUUUAUUGGACCUUAAAUAAUUCAAAUAAUUAAGCUUUGUAAAAGCAUUAUAAAGAAGUACAAAGUAUAAUUAAAUGAAGAUGAUCAACAAACCCUUGCACUAAGCAA